UUGUCUAUGGAAAAAAAUAAAUGACAAAAAUCGCAAAAAUCAUCGAAGUUUCACGCAAGGCGUUUGUUAUUUCUUCAUAUAAGGUGUCGUAAUUUUAAAAAUUCAAUUGGAUUAGAAAGUGAGGCCGAUUGAAGAACUAAAGAACUAUUGUGAUUUUAUAAUGCGACACCAAAGCUGACGUUAUGUGGCAGCGACUAAUUGGAUUAUAAUAGCCAAGUUAUGAUUCCCUUUCACGAAUUGAAACUAAUUUCGUAACAAUAAAUGGCAGCGAAUUGAAAACAUAUAAUCAUGGAUGGAACCAAUGCAUCAACAGACUUACCGCCCGUUAAAGAGGAGACGUUUUGUAAAUACGUUUUAUAUUAUGAGAUGAACAAUUCAAGAGUCCGCAUUUGGGAUUUGAUAAUAUUGAUACCGAACGCCUUAUUCGUGCUCUUCUUAGUGGUAAGGUUUAAUAAGGCCCAGUUGAAGUUACGCGCUACUAGCAGCCCCAUAUUCCUGACCUUCUACUCCUUGGUGUGGGGCAACGUGAUCAUCAGCCUCAUACGAUGCGUGGUGUCAAUGACUGUGAAUGCUGCAAUGCCAGUCGGUGGCACUAUCGACAAGAUAUUAUGGGUCACAGUGAGAUUCUUUUUACUGGCAACCGAAAUGAGUGUGGUUAUAUUUGGAUUGGCUUUUGGUCAUAUGGACAGUCGCAGUAGCAUCAGAUACGUGUUGCUGGCAACAUCCUUCAUAUCUCUGGCCUUCACAGUCACACAAGGCACGCUUGAGUUUAUAAUGCCAAACGAUAUGUUCCAUAUCGACACCAGAGAGUAUGACUUGUUUGGACACGGAGGAAUGUUGUUUUGGUUCACUUCGUCAUUGGUGUUUGCUGUGAUAUAUUUUGUGAUAUUAUUAUUGCCAUGGAUACCUCUAAGGGAAUAUUUGGCAUUACCAACGAAGCUCUCCUUCUACCUGUACGUGCUGCUGCUCGCGCUGCUGGACAGCACGCAGGCAGUGGGCGCGGCGCUGCUCACGUGGGGCUCGGUGCCGUCCGGCCUGUGCGUCGUCGACGUCACCACGUGGCUCUACUUCUCGCUCUACACGCCGCUCGUCUACCACACGUUCCUGAGCGAGUUCUUCAGUGUAUCACAACCCAGUAUCAUGUUCUCGUACAAGGCUCAGAUGGACGAGCCAAUGGACGACGACCAAGUGUCGCUGCCUCACCAGCAGAGCUUUAGCUCGCUCAAAACUGACUCUGAUUAUAUCUAUCAGUUAUUGUUCCAGCAGAGCAACAGCGUAUACGACAGUACGCUGUUCGAAGCGGGCGGGACGACCCCCAUGAACGCAGUGUACAGCGCCUCGCUGCAGAGUCCCGACUCCAUAGCGUCGGGACAGUCUAUAGACAUCGGCGUACCCACGGGGUUCCAAAGCCAAAACAUGCUCUCAACAUAACAAACAAAAUGUAGAUAAAACAAAUACCCUAUAGAACGAGGGCCUACGGUAGCUAGAUAUACCUCAUUCUUCGAAGGCUGAAAGUUUGCAAGACUUUGCUUCUAGAAUAGGUAAGCAUGGUAAACGGUUUGUGUUUGUUAACCAGUGGCGGAUUAAUAAAUUUGGCGCCAGUGGGCUAUUGAAUUUUUGUAGCCCCUACUAAACUCUAAAACUCGAAUCAAUACAGUUUCCUUAAAUUGUGUCAAUAAAAAUGCAAAUUUUAAUAUUUUAUUAGGACUGUACAGAGUGUGUAGGACUAAAAUAUUAAAAUCAUCGUUACAUUUUCUUUAUUUCUGUAGAAGAGAGUUUUUUUGGGUCAAAGCCGCCCUCUAAAAUCCGCCGCCCUAGACUUCAGGCUACUGGUAAAUCCUCCACUGGGUAAAUCAAUCAUGGAGUUUGAAUCAUGGUGGCUCAACUUUGGUAGGUAGCAGGUUUCAAGGUUCCUGAUCCUAAAUUUAUCCAAAUAUAAAAGGUAUUAUGAUAUUUCGAUGUGAUAACUUCUUAUGGGAGGGUAAACCGCUUUGUAACGUAACGCGUUACGGCGCCACUCUGUCUGGCUUCCCUUUCUCAAGCAUACGGCAGCAGUUUUGAAUUAUCACUUAUGUCGAUUUUUUUUACGGUACUGUAUGAAAAAUUAUGUCGUCACUAGUCCUUUAGUUUUAUGGCAACCCUUAGAUUGAUUUUUAACAGUGUUUUUCGAUGAAUCUUGAAUUUGUUCCUUAGCGCAAAUCUCGAGAACGGUUAAAUCUAUUUCGCGAAUUAUUUUUAGAAUAUACCUUAAACUGUGAAGGGAUGUUUCUUACUGAGAGAGUUUUUUAAAAAUUGCCUGAUAAUUCUUGAAAUUUUUUUUCUAUACUCUCGUACCAACGAUUCGUAAUAAUACUUAAAAGUCAAUUUGAACACCAUACCAUAAAGUUCAGGUGCUAGUAAAGAGAUUCCAAGAGGGCAAAACAAUAAAGUGAAGUUAUGGUAGGGUAGUAGUAGGGCAGGAUAGGGUAGAGGUAGCGAAGAAGUGUCCGCUAGUAUAAAUAUAGUCAGAGGCACAAUUAUCCGCCCUUUUUAUAAGACGCGCGUAUAUUAAAGUGGGCGGAUAAUUGUGCCUCUGAGUAUAAACUUUGUAUGGUUGAGUUCUGGACACUUGAAACCUGCUACCUUCCAAAGGCACCACAGUCCAAAUUCAAAUACAGUACUUACCUAUGAUAGGAGCAUAAGCUGAAAAACAUUCAGUUUUCAUAAAAUAGGUAUGUCUGGCAACCGCAGGCUCUUAUUCCACUAUAUUGAUUUCACACAUCCAAAGAAACAUACUAAUUACUAAUUUAAGAUGUUUAGGUGUAUACAGUUAUAGUUUUCAAAGACUUGUUGUGUGUACUUUUUCUUUAAGAGAAUCUCGUAAUGGGUAUACAUAAUUCUGCUGCUUUUAAAAAACUUAGAGUCUAUGUAAUGGAUCCAUCCACGUUUUCAUGGUAGAUUAAGGCUGAUACAGCAUCUUAUAUAUGUGACACCGAAGUAAACUAAUCUUGUAAUUUAACACCAAAACUUAUAAUUAGUAACUAUCUGUUAAGUAAAACUAAUUAAUCGCAAACUAAUAUAAUUGUCUAAGAUCCGGCAUUAAAAAUAUAUACCCUCAUCUGUUAUUCAUUAGUGUUAUGAAAUAAAUGACAGAUAAUGUUCACAGUGAAAAUAGGUUGCCUAGUUAAAUUUUCAAACACAUUUUGCAUACCAAAUCUAGGAAACCAUGAACUUGAUCAAAGGCAACCUAAUACAGUUAAAUUAAGCAUAAAUAAGUUUUCAUUUAACAUAUAAGACGACUAAAUACUCUUGAUGAGGGUAUAUAAAUAACAUUAUAUAUUACUUAACUGUUUAUAAAUGGCAACCCACAGUUGCAGUGUGAAGGCAACCUUUACUUUUUCAAUUAUUUUGGGUAUAUUCUAUUAGAUAAGUGUACGAUUUUUUUUAAUUAACCAAUGGGGAAGGAGAUUAAAUCAAUAAAAGAAAAACAUUUCAUUCUGUUCAGCCGCAAUUUAGCUAGGCAACCUAUGUACAAUGCAGUGGCAUAGCUUGCCUUGGAGGGGCUCUAUAUCAAAAUUAUUUGGGGGGGCCCAAUAGAAGUGCGGCAAAUCCGAAAAUUAGCAGUUUUUUAUGUUUUUUUCUCCGUGAAGCUCCAGAUUAAGAGAGAUUGUGGAUUGAAUGUUUACUAAUUAUUGCUUUUACACAUACGGGACACAGGGGCCCCGUAUCAUUUAUGGUGGUAGUACUACAAUGUGAAAGUUAUCUAUCAAUUAUUAAUUCGUAUCCCAAUUAAAUAACAGAUGAGGCUAAAUAUUUCUUAUGCCGGAUCUCGUACUAUAAGAAUCAACUGUAUCAGUUAAAAACUUACAAUAAGUUUUCGUGCGUUAAGUCAAUCACUAUUGUAAAAUUUAGAAAAAACGUUCCAGCUAAAGUCAUCUUUUUAUUACAUAGUUGAAUGGCGAUACUUUCUGUUUGUCGAUACUUUGCUUGAGUUGUUAAUAGCAUUUUAGAGUGACUGAUUCAACAUCUAUUUUUAGAAUUAUCAUAGAAUCUUCAAUAAGUAAAAAGAAUUGACUAUUUACAAGGAUUUUAAAUGCAAUAGAACAUGUGCUUUGCAUUCUAAAUUUUUAGUAAAAAUGGAUUCAUCAGAAAUUUUGCAAUUUUAUCUUACCCUCGAAUUUGGCUGUCUGCUAAACCUACAGAAAUUUGUGAAAUUUAUCAAAAAUAAUACCCAUAAAGAACUUUCUUAAUCAUGACAACUAUUUUUAAAUAAUUUAAAGUUUUGUCUCUAGUUAUUUAGUAUUAUUCUACAACUUUUGCAUUGUAUUAAUUGAAAGUUGAAACUACAUUUUUAUAUUUUGUGUAACUUUGGAUUUGGCUAACAUGACUUGAAGUUUUGUGAGUCUUGGUUGUUGGAAUACAGAAUUUGUCAAAAAGUUGCAAUUUUUACAAAUAAGUAAGUGCACUUUAAAAAGAAUAUGAUCUUAGAACAGUCAAAUUUGACAUAUAAACCGAAUACACCAGCGGACCUAAUAUGUGUCUUGGUGUACCAUUCAAACAAUGAGUCACUACAUCAUAUUUUUAUCUUGGGUUUUCAAUUUCGUUAUCAUCUAAAUUAGUUAUUUCACCGAAAUGACCUUGACUGCGCCAUUUCACAUCGUUCAUUCGUUACCCAUAUUUGUCUGACUGCUGAGCUCGAGUCUCCUCUCAGAAUGAGACGGGAUAGGCCAAUAGUCCACCACGCUGGCCCAAUGCGGAUUGGCAGACUUCACACACGCAGAGAAUUAAGAAAAUUCUCUGGUUUCCUUACGAUGUUUUCCUUCACCGUUUGAGACACGUUAUAUUUAAUUUCUUAAAAUGCACACAACUGAAACGUUGAAGUGGGUUCACAUCAAGUUGCAGUGAUUUUCGUUUUUAUUUACGUUCGUCUAACAUGAUUAUUUCAACGAAAUUACGUAAAUACGAGUUUUUAGUUUUAAAAUAAACUUACUAUUACUAUUACUAUCACUACUAUACUAAUGUCACUUUACGUAAAACGACGAUAAUUGUGCCAUUUCGUUGAAAACACAAUGUUAGAUGAUUGCAAUAACGAAAAUACGAUUAAAAACGAUGUAGUGAUUGAUUAUAUAUUUGAAUGGUACAUCAAAUUACAUGAAAACCCUUUUGAUAUAUGAGUGAUUGAUUCAUUUAUAAUGUAGUUUCAUCUUACCAUUGCCCUCAAUAUAUUUUCCACAUUUCCAUUUUGUAUAAUUUUAAUUAGUUGUGAACAGUGAGUGAAACAGUAUUUCCUUUUGUUUAGUAUUAAUUAUAUGAAUAAUAUUACUAUUCUUGUGAUUGAAUCGGCUAUUAUAAAUCGAAUGUUUACCCAUAAUGUACGCUGCGAAUGUUAUUUUAUAUUUAGAUAUAAUUGACACCGAUUGGUUUUUAUAUUAUUUUUUAUUGUACUGUGAUGGUUUACUACUUACAUACUUAUUUUAAUUUUGUUGUUUAUUUUGUAUUGUUUAUUGAUGCGAUAGCGGAGUUCAGUGCAGUAGAAAUAUAACGCAGCAAAGCUACGAGUGUUUAUACUACCUGCACUGAGAACAUUGACAUAAUUUCAUGAGGAAAUCAAUAUAAGGUGUUUUGGGGUCAUUACAGAUGGGGAUAUUCUGAAAUUAGAAUAUCUGGCUUUUAAUAGAGGUCCUAUAUUCGAUUCCUAGCUCAGGUCAAUUUAGAAUAUUAUAUUUUCUCAGGUCUGGUGGUAGGCUUGGAUAUUGCUAGACCUAUCUACCUAUUGUACGAUUAUUAUUAAUUCCAGUCAGUAAAAUGACAAGUGCAACUGUCACUGAAAUGUCAUUUCGCUAGUAAAAUGGCAAGUGCAAUUGUCACUGAAAUGUCAUUUUACUAGUAAAAUGGCAAGUGCAAUUGUCACUGAAAUGUCAUUUCACUAGUAAAAUGGCAAGUGCAACUGUCACUGAAAUGUCAUUUCACUAGUAAAAUGGCAAGUGCAAUUGUCACUGAAAUGUCAUUUUACUAGUAAAAUGGCAAGUGCAAUUGUCACUGAAAUGUCAUUUCACUAGUAAAAUGGCAAGUGCAACUGUCACUGAAAUGUCAUUUCACUAGUAAAAUGGCAAGUGCAAUUGUCACUGAAAUGUCAUUUUACUGACUAGAAUUAGUAAACUAAGAAUACCGGCAAAGAGGUAUUGUCAAGCGAUUUUACAUCAGUAUGAUGUACGUAAAAAAAUAUUAAACAUGUGAAUACGAUAGAAUUAUAUCUUUUUCUAGUUAGCCUGUUUUAAUUCUGGACUGCAUUGUCACUUAACAUUAGAUGAGAUCACAGUCCUGGGCUACUUGGUAUUGAAUACUAAGAAUCUACUAAAUCAGCCAAUAUUAUUUUAUAUUAUUUUGGUCUUCAAUAGUUUUGGUAGACUUCUACAAAAAUAGUUUUGAAUUUCCCCAUUUUCCUCAAUCACCCCAUAGCACCUGCUAAUUUAUUUAAACACAUUCGAAUGAAUUAAUUGUUGAAUCUAUAAUAUUCUAUAGUGUAGUGAUGUAUAGGUAUCGAAAGUUGGUACCCAAACAAGAUUUUUAUACUACCUACAAGAAAAACUGUCAGAAAACUGAUCAGUGAAUAAAAAAACAGAUUUCUUUUGCAGAUAAAUUAUAGUAAUAAAUCUGUUGAUUCCUAUACAUCCAAUCGAAUUUUAGUCUAGUAGAAUAUGAAUUUGGUAUUAAGUUGGCGGAAAUAAAAUUAAAAAAAAAAAUGAAUAGUUCUCUGCCAGGCUUGCUUACUAGUCUUAGUUUUUUAUAGCAAUGAAAUACUUUUGGGUGUAGUUUAUAAAAAUGUUUAAGUAAAACUUAUAGUAAUUUAACUUGAACUCUUAAAUUGAAUUGAGGGCUAACAAAGCUCUAAAAAUUAUUUAAGUUUAACAUAGUUUUUAUGCACUUACUCAUAUGCACGCUUUAAAGGUUUCGUAAAUAUUAUUUAAAAUUGCCUUUUGGUUGAUUUCCACCCUUGGUUAGUAUAAAAUAAGAAACGAAUCGAGUAAGUGUUCAAACACCUUUAAACUAUUUGAAUAUUUUGUUUUGUUUCAAAAGAUAAAGUCAAUUUAACCUCGAAUUAACGACAUCAAAAAGCAGUAAAUGAUUGUCAAUUUUCCUUUAUGAAAUGUGAUACUUCAGGAUGUAUGUAUGUACUAAGUGAACUUAUUUUAAGUGAUAUUUUGGUUGAUGGCAUAUAUUUUGUUAUUUUCUAUCUUAGGAAACUAUUAAAGUAACAAUUUUA